AACCAUGGAUUUAAAGUGUAGCUCCUGAGAAACCAUACAGCACUCCUGUAUCUUCAGGGAUGGGAAAGCCUGGAAAAGAACAAAGAGCUCCUACAUACUUGUGUGUAUUUCUCAGCGUUCAUGCACAUGAAGGUUCUCAGACACAGCAUGGAGGAUGAUUAGUUUUGACCAGCUAAUCAACUACUCAUUCACAGCCCCUACCCAGGCCCCUGAGCGGCAGGGAUGGAGAACUCCUCGGCAGCGUCGGCCUCCUCCGAGGCUGGGAGCAGCCGCUCCCAGGAGAUCGAGGAGCUGGAGCGGUUCAUCGACAGCUACGUGCUCGAGUACCAGGUGCAGGGGCUGCUGGCCGACAAGACGGAGGGUGACGGCGAGAGUGAGAAGACGCAGUCCCACAUCUCCCAGGAGGAAGCGCUCAAUGGUGGACCUCCCAUGAAAAGCUUAACAGAAGAAUGGACGGCGGACUGCAGCGAGCAGCUGGACAGCAGCUGUUCCUUCUCCCGAGGACGAGCCCCCCCACAGCAGAAUGGCAGCAAAGACAACACUCUGGACAUGCUGGGCACGGAUAUCUGGGCUGCCAACACCUUCGAUUCCUUCAGUGGUGCCACCUGGGACCUGCAGCCUGAAAAGCUGGACUUCACCCAGUUCCAUCGGAAGCUCCGACACACGCCCAAGCAGCCCCUGCCACACAUCGACCGUGAAGGGUGUGGAAAAGGGAAGUUGGAAGAUGGGGAUGGAAUCAACCUGAAUGAUAUCGAGAAGGUCCUCCCGGCCUGGCAGGGCUACCACCCAAUGCCCCACGAAGUGGAGAUCGCGCACACGAAGAAGUUGUUCCGAAGGAGAAGAAACGAUCGAAGACGGCAGCAGAGACCCCCAGGAGGGAACAAACCCCAACAGCAUGGUGACCACCAGCCGGGCAGUACCAAACACAACAGGGACCACCAGAAAUCCUACCAGGGGGGCUCGGUGCCCCACCCCUCAGGGAGGGCCACUCAUCACGGCUACAGCCAGAACCGGCGCUGGCACCACGGCAACAUGAAGCAUCCACCUGGCGACAGGGGGGAGGCAGGCGCCCACCGCAACGCCAAAGAGACCGUGGCCAUGGAGAGCCCCAAACUCGAGGAUGCCCCGGGGGACACCGGGCACAGCGGCCUCGAGCACUCCUGCAGCCCCGAUGCCCUGGCCCCAGCGGUUUCCGAGAGGCUGCCCCUGCUGCCGCCAGGGGUUCUGGAAGCCGAGACAAAGCGUAAAGACAGUGUUAUUCCCGAGCGCAGCGGGGAGCGGCCCAAAAUUACCCUGCUCCAGUCUUCCAAAGACAGGCUGCGGCGAAGGCUGAAAGAAAAGGUACCGGAUGAAGUGGCCGAGGAGACCACCAACCCUCAGCAGAACAAGAUGGACAAGUUGAUUGAGAUCCUGAACAGCAUGCGGAACAACAGCAGCGACGUGGAUGCCAAGCUCACCACCUUCAUGGAGGAGGCCCAGAACUCGACCAACUCCGAGGAGAUGCUGGGGGAGAUCGUCCGCACCAUCUACCAGAAGGCUGUGUCCGACCGCAGCUUCGCCUUCACCGCGGCCAAGCUCUGCGACAAGAUGGCGCUCUUCAUGGUGGAGGGGACCAAGUUCCGGAGCCUGCUCCUCAACAUGCUUCAGAAGGACUUCACGGUGCGGGAGGAGCUGCAGCAGCAGGACGUGGAGCGCUGGCUGGGCUUCAUCACCUUCCUGUGCGAGGUGUUUGGCACCAUGCGCAGCAGCACGGGCGAGCCCUUCCGCGUGCUCGUCUGCCCCAUCUACACCUGCCUCAGGGAGCUCUUGCAAUCUCAGGAUGUGAAGGAAGAUGCCGUCCUGUGCUGCUCAAUGGAGCUGCAGAGCACAGGCCGGCUGCUGGAGGAGCAGUUGCCCGAGAUGAUGGCCGAGCUCCUGGCCAGUGCCCGUGACAAGAUGCUGUGCCCCUCGGAGUCGAUGCUGACACGGUCCCUGCUCCUGGAGGUCAUCGAGCUCCACGCCAACAGCUGGAACCCUCUGACGCCCCCCAUCACGCAGUACUACAACAGAACCAUCCAGAAACUGACAGCCUGACAGCCAGGGUGCCUGGCGGGCGGCCCGCGGGCAGCUGGGGCCCUGGUGCACAGGGCCAGAUGGACAGGCGGGAGGACAGGGGUGGCCCUGGUGGGAGAAAGAAAUGGGGAGGAAGGCGAGCAGAGCCGGCGGCCAGUCC